AUGCUGUGGGUCUCUGAACCCUCCACCAACCAGACCAGUCUCUACCCGGCUUCCUUCAUCCUGGUUGGCAUCCCAGGCUUGGCGGAGUAUCACUGCUGGAUCGCCGCUGUCUUUGGCCUGAUGUACCUCGUUGCGCUUUUGGGUAACUUCUUCCUGCUCUUCCUUGUCGUGACAGAGCGUGGCCUCCGCCGCCAGCCCAUGUUCCUCUUCCUGGCCCUGCUGGCCAUGGCUGACCUCCUCUUGUCCUCCUCCACAGCACCCAAAACCCUGGCCGUCCUCUGGUCCGCUUCCCAAGAGAUCUCCUUCGAGGGUUGCCUGGCCCAGAUGUUCUUCACCCACGUCAGCUUCAUCGCAGAGUCCACCAUCCUACUAGCUAUGGCAUUUGACCGCUACGUGGCCAUAUGCCACCCGCUGCACUAUGUGGCCAUCCUCACUCCCUCUGCCGUGGCCAAGAUGGGCAUGGUGGCCCUGGCCAGGGGCAUCUGCGUGAUGCUGCCCACCAUCUUCCUCCUGAGGAGGCUGACCUAUUGUGGGCGGCGGGUGAUGCCCCACUCCUACUGCGAACACAUGGGCAUCGCCCGCAUGGCCUGCGUGGACAUUGCCCUCAACAUCUGGUAUGGCUUCACCACUACCCUUCUGUGUCCAGGUGUGGACAGCCUCCUCAUCUUCUUCUCCUACCUCCUGAUCCUCAGGUCGGUCUUCCGGCUGCCCUCCGGAGAGGCCCGGCUCAAAGCCCUGGGCACCUGUGGCUCCCACCUCUGUGUCAUCCUCCUCUUCUACACACCAGCUUUCUUCUCCUUCUUUGCCCAUCGCUUUGGAAAUGGCCUCAUCCCUCAGCACCUCCUCAUCCUCCUGGCCAACCUCUACCAGCUCCUUCCGCCUAUGCUCAACCCAAUCGUCUAUGCUGUCAGGACCAAGGCCCUCCGUCAAAGGGUGGCACGGACCUGGGCUCAAGUGGGCAAACUCUGUUGCUGA